AUGUAGUUGUAAGGGGCCUUAAAUCUUGCCUUAAAUCAGACCCGCUGUGUGUGACAUUGCUUCCCCUGUGGCAGGCACGUAGUAGGCACCUCGGUGAAGAUCCGUGUGUGCUACCUGAGCUCCCUGUCCCCAGGACACCUCCCCUGGGUGCCAGAAGCACAUCCUGGUUGCUGAAAAGUGCCUUUCCUGAAGCCACCGCUGCUUGGAUUUCUGUCUAGGGCUGCCUCUCUCUGCCCCCUCGCCCCCCUCUCUUUUUAAUUCGGCGUUGCUUGCGGUUCGUGCCCUGACGACAACUCCUUCAGCCUUGCCCUUUUUUUUUUUUUUUUUUUUUUUUUUGGCUCCCCAUUUACACGCAGUUUGCUCAGCCAUUUUAUUUUUUUUUUCCUUCCCCCGAGUAUGUAGCAAAUAUUUAAAAGAAAAGAAAGAGGAAAAAAAAAAUUCAGACGUCCUUUUCUCGUUUUGAUGCUCGUGAACCGUAAUUUUUAGAAGCAAGAAAUAGAAGGAAAAAAAAAAACAAACCCGAAGCUUUCUCCCUGAGGACCGAGACCAUUCCACAAACUGAAGUGCUGCCAGCAGCAUAUGCUUUUUGCAAGAAUAAUUGAAACCAUUAACUGGAGAGCACAGAAUUCUUUUGAAAGUCUGCCAGUUAUUUGCAAGUAACUUCGGCAGUGGCACAAAAUAUAACACUUAUAUUUUAACUUCUACAAUUGCACUUUUAGGAGCUGGCCUCUAAUUUGAUUUUCAGUUGUUCUGAUAAGAUUUCUAUUUUAUGAUUGGCUUUAUGUUUAAUUCUUGUUUAAACAAACACGAUUUGACUUAAAUGAAAACCUAAGUGCUGAUGAAUAGGAGUUCUACCAAAGCAACAAGUUAGUUAUUUCUUCACGUUUAACUUGAAUUCACUUUUUUACCCUUUUUUUAAAAAAAAAGAAGAAAAAAAAAGAUCAGCAGUAAAUAUUGCCCUGAAGAAGGGUGCGAUUGCUUGCAUUUUAAUUUUUGUUUUUUAAUAUGGCUGUAAACGUUUCCCUGGUUCGUGAUACAAAAUGGCUGACGUUAGAAGUGUGUCGAGAGUUUCAGAGAGGUACUUGUUCUCGGUCUGAUGCAGAGUGCAAGUUCGCCCACCCGUCACGGAGUUGCCAUGUGGAAAAUGGUCGAGUUAUUGCCUGCUUUGACUCCCUAAAGGGCCGGUGUACCCGAGAGAACUGCAAAUAUCUCCACCCUCCCCCGCACUUAAAAACACAACUUGAAAUAAAUGGACGCAACAACCUGAUCCAGCAGAAGACCGCCGCAGCCAUGUUUGCUCAGCAAAUGCAGUUCAUGCUACCGGGCGCGCAGCUACAGCCAAUUACAACGUUUCCUGUGACUCCAUCGCUUGCAACAAGCCCCACGAUGGCUUUUAGUCCCUACCUGAGUCAUGUUUCUCCUGGGAUGGGCUUGGUUCCUGCAGAGCUUUUACCAAAUACUCCUGUCCUGGUUUCCGGAAAUCCUACUGUUACAGUACCAGGAGGCUCUGCUGGGCAGAAACUGAUGCGUACGGAUAAACUGGAGGUUUGUCGAGAGUUUCAGCGUGGAAAUUGCACACGUGGUGAGAAUGAUUGCCGCUAUGCUCACCCUAUAGAUAUUGCAAUGAUAGACACAAAUGAAAAUACUGUUACAGUUUGCAUGGAUUACAUCAAAGGUCGAUGCUCUAGGGAGAAAUGCAAGUACUUUCAUCCCCCUGCACACCUGCAAGCCAAAAUCAAGGCAGCUCAACACCAGGUGAACCAGACAGCUGCAGCUGCAAUGGCCCUGCCGCCUGGUGCACUUCAACCUUUACCAAAGAGGCCAGCACUUGAAAAAAACAAUGGUGCCACCACAGUCUUUAACCCAAGCGUUUUCCACUACCAACAGGCUCUAGCCAACAUGCAGUUGCAACAGCCUACAUUCAUCCCUACAGGGUCAGUUCUGUGCAUGACACCCACUGCAAGCGUUGUGCCCAUGAUGCACGGUGCUACGCCCACCACUGUGUCUGCAGCAACAACUCCUGCCACCAGCGUCCCCUUCGCUGCAACAGCUACCGCCAAUCAGAUAUCCCAGUUAUCAGUAGAUGAACUGAGUAGCAGCAUGUUUGUUUCACAGAUGUAGAAGUUCCCAAUAGAACACAGACCAUGUUGAAAUUCUGAACAGUAAAAUUAUGGAGCACCAGGACUUCUUGGUGGGAAGCUGCGCAUGGCCUUUCUGUAUAUAUCCCCUUUUCCCUCUAUCGUUCUCUACCACCUCUACAGUAAGCCUGUUGCAGCCUACAUGUUAACCAAAAACUGAUCAAUGGGAAUGUCAAAAAAAAAAAAAAAAAAAAAAAAAAAAAAAGCACUAUAGAAACAAUUAACAAACAGCGCUCUGUUAUAUGAGAUAUACAAGUAGAAAAUUAUAAUAGACUUUUAUAACACAUUACUUUAACACACUUAAUCAUUUUAUGACUACCAUCCUGAUAAGUGCAUCUGCACAGCGGACUGUUGGUUUACUGUAUACUAUCGAUGGAUAAAUGUUUGUCUUGUUUUUGAAGUGUUAUCUUACUGUUUUGUUUACAUCAUAGUCUAUUGAUUUGUUUUAAAGUGUACAUCAUUAUCAAGUAUACUCAAUACCAUUUUUUCAUUAUUGUUAUGUCUUAAGUUUUCAUAUACUGUAGGUUUUAUGGGUUUUUGUUUGUUUUUUACUAAAAAUGUUAUUGUGGGAAACAGGAAUUAUGUGCUUGAAAACCACGACACAGGAAUGUUCUGCCCUUUGCUGGAUUUUACUGCUAAUGUCAGCUAAAGUUGCUUGUGUUAAAUGCUCCUUUUAUCCUUUAAAAUUUGCCUUCAGAUAGAGUCUCCGAAUUUUUAGUAUAAGUACUAUGAAAGGACAGCUGUAAUUUUAGUCCAGUUCAGGGUAUUUCUUUAGAUACAAUGAGCUGAGUCUGGAAACUUUUGGAAAAAGCCCCACAAAAGCCCAGGUUCAGUGAGGGGACAGGAACAGGAACGAUUUGCUCAGACGGUGGUGAGCAUCAAGGGAUUUCUUCUGCAGUUCUGUUGUCCAUUGAAGUGCAUUCUCAGCUGCAAACGGCGCACAAUCUCUCUUGCUGUUUUCAUGGUGCAGUCAAAGCAAAAAAACACAAAAAAAAAAAAAAACAACCAAAACCCAGGUGGUGAAGUGAGACAGCUUCAGCUGGGCAAAGACUGGUUGUGUUGGAGAGGAGCAGAUGCCAACGGUUGGCUGGAGUGGGCCCACAGCCAUGGCUUAGCCCAGGCUGGGGAAUACUGUGCCCGGGGCUUGUCUCCACUAAGCAUGCUGAAACAUUUCGGCCUGAAAUCUUACGUGGCUCCUCUUGAAAUUUUGUCAGCGUGCACUGAUUAUUUUAAUCACCAUUUUCCAUAAGUGAGUGAUUUUUUUUUCCCCGUGAUCUCUGGCCCUUGAAACCAAACACAUCAGUAACAAAGCAGGAAAAACCUGGGCGUAAGCUUUCUACUGUAGAAAAACGUUCAUCUUAAUGGAGAUCCUGUAGGUCAGUGGAUUUAUUUCGGCACCUUCUACUUGAUCAAGAGCAAUGUUUGCUGCACAACAAGGGCUAGUUCUCGAUACCUCCUUUCCAUACGCACGAAUAAAACGAUUUCCAGCCCGUGCACCCUGGAGAGCCCCGCCUGUCGUUACGCUGCGUUGCUGAACAAUCUGGCUGUAGAAUGCAUUUUGGUUGAGAAAACGGCCAAAUUCACCCCCGUCACGGCUCUACAGUAUCAUUGGCAUUAUGGAGAGGAUGGAUUUGCUGCUGCAAAUCCGCAAACUCCAUACAAAGAGAAAGAGAAUUGUUGUUGAAACUGAGCAAGAGGCCAGCUCCCAGUGCCCAGGGGGGCGGCCACCCCGAGCUCGCCGGGGUGCUGUAGGGUGCCAAAUUCUGACAGCUAGGUUUGCUUUUCUUUUCCGAGUUCCUUGGCCUGGGUUAGAGACUUUCCUUGCCCCCCUCUCCUCCAGUGUGAGCACAGAUAGUUUGCCACGGACCACGAGUGACGGAGGGGCAUUUAGGGUACAGCCAGUGCGUCCCAGAGUAGGGUCUGACCCUCGGCCCGUAGCAAGCACCUUUGAAGAGCCCAGCUCACAAAGGCCUCUUGCCAGAAGGAAUCUCCCCAUUCGUUUCCUCAGGCUUUGAACCAAACCCUGAGACAAGGGGAAAAACCAUUCCCCCGCCCCAAACCAGGCCCUCCUUUACGGACCCCGUGUUUUGGCAGUGGCUUGUGUCCGUGGAUGUUCCCCAGCACCGCUGGCGCUCACAGGCAGCAGCGUUGCCAGAAACCAGUGACUCUCGUUUGUACUGGUGACCGCAUACCUGUUCUUUUCACCACUGAGUUUCUGUUUCCCGAAACCAUAACAUUGUUAGUGGAAAAAGUGGAUUUGAGUACUUCCUGUUUGAAAUUAUUUGUGUAUCAAAAAUGGGUUUUGCACAACCUGUGCCAGUGCCUCAACAAAGAACAGAGCUGAUCUUCUUAAGCCAGAAAGGAUGCAUUCAAGCUUGUAUGGCUUUAUGAGUUCAAGGAGGUUGGAAUUUUUUCAGUGCUAAAUGGAUUUUUGUAUAUCUUGACACUUUGAUGUAACCUCCUAUUUUAUUUAUCGACUUAAACAUCUGGCAUAGAUGUGCAUAGAAUGUAAACCUAGAAUACAGCUGUUUUCAUGUCACAUUUAAAGCACUGAAAAAAAAAAAAAAAAAAGGCGUUUAAGGAUUAUUUUUUAUUAAAGAGGUCCAAUGAGGGAUGUUCAGGGUAGUUAUAUUAGGUGCCACAACAGUUU